UGGUUAUGCAUCCAGUUCCCUGGUUGAUCUUCGUAUACCCAAUAGUAAUCGAAUACCAACCGUGGCUGCUCUUGUCCCUCACGGGGUACAAUCAUGGGCGCUGCGUUCCACUCGGACAACUUGCCAUUGAGAAAGGAAAAAGUAGUGAGUCCAUCCUUUUCACGUCUCUUUUUUGGCUACACAGUCAAGCAGUCCUUUCCCUUUUCCCUUUCUCUUUCCCUCACUACUACAAUCUCCUCUCACUCCUCGAUUAUUGCAGCAUCUGCAACGAGAAUCCCACAGUGGUCAUCUUCGCCCCAGAGACAAUUGCAAUGCAAGCUUCGCUAAUUACGUUUCUUCCCUUUCUGCUCCUCGACUACCAAAAAUUUCGUUGAACAAAUAGUUCCACCAUUCGUUAAACCAAUCUGUCCAAUUGCUUUGAAUCGUCUCAUUGUCCUCUGGCUCAGAUCUCUGGGCUAUCUCUUUCUGCUCACUUUCCUGCUUCUUCUUCGUCUUCUUCGUCUUCUUCAAGAUUUUGAGCAGCUGGAACGGGGAUGAUCAACUCGCUUGAAGGGGGAGCCGCGACUUGUGGUCUGUUGUCAUCCAAGAUUGGCGUCCUGGCUGAAGUCGAAGUGAGAAGAAUGCCGUGAGAGUGAUUGGAGGUCUUCGAGGCAGUCGAUAUGGCGCGGCGCCUUGGUGUGGAAGAGAGGGAGAAGAAGAUGGGCGCUUUUGUUGUUUCCCGCGUGGCUGGAACAAGACUUCUUCAUCAUCAUCAUCUUCUUCUUCUUCUUU